ACACAAUGAGUGCAGCAGAGUCACAACCGGAAAACUUGACUGAGAAGAACACAGUGGGCACGCUGGAGCUGGAAGACUGGCCCCUGCAGAAGGGCUCCGUGGAGCUCCUCAAGCAGAGAUGGGAGUCCGUCAAUGCUACAAGACCCGGCCUGACGCUCCAGUACUCACCAGCCCCACAGUCCCCAGCGCUGGGUAAGAUCAGCCGCAGCAGCACCGUGGAGAAAGUGCCAGCAGACAGCAGGAGGGAGGAUAUGUUCAAGGAGGAGACCCUCAGCAGUCCUCAGCAGAUCGAGCACUUCCCCACCACUGUGGAGGAGCUGCGGAGCCACUUUGAGGCUCUGGGUGGCAAGAAGGAAACAGAAAGUGAGAGAAGUUCACUUUCAUCAACAUGGAAGAGUCAGUCUGGCAGCCACUCUGUCGCUCCUCUGCAAGAGUCUACUGUGAAAAGAGGGAGAGCAAUCUUUGAAAAGAUGUCAUCAGAAAAUGGCCACAGCAGCAGCUCUGAAGUGGGCUCUCGCAAACUUGCAAGAGGACUGCCUAAAGAGAGCGCUCCCAGCGCCGAUAACGCCGCACCGGAUUUCCAGGAGACCGUGUCCUUGCGAGAAAGAAUGGCUCUGUACAAGGCUGCUGUGUCUGAGAGAGAGAGCACCAACGCCUUUGCUCAUACUUCAGAGAAAACCAAGUUCUGUACUGUGCCUGGUGGCCUGGCAGCAGUGAGGAAACAAUUUGAGAAAGUGCAGAAGACCUCUUCACAAAAGGCCUUUGCUCAGCACCAGCAGCUGCGCACAUCUGUACAGGUAACAACAGCAUUCUUAAUACUAACAAUUGGGGCAACAGCCAUCACCCAUAGCUCUCUUCAUUGUAAUGCAGAUUGGUUCCUUGUGAAAGGUGCUGUAUUGCCAGAAACAUCAAGCAGCACUCAGCACACACUAUCAACCAGCACCAGGGAAGCUGAGUGCGAUGAAAUGACAUCCAAAGAAAGUCAAAUGGAGGCCUCUCAAACACAAGUGGUUUCUCAUCGUGAGCAAGUUAUUCAGGAGAUAAAAAAGGCUUCUACAUUCACUCAGCACACUGAUGAAACAGGUAAGAAUCAAUUUCAUAAAAUACAGGAUGGCGGAAAAACAAUCCUUUUUAUUCUUGUUCCUAUUGCAGUAACGAAUGCAGCUCAGAACGAAGAGCUCUCAAAGACUGUAACACAGAUUUUAAAACAGCAGAUUGAAAGGACAGCUCAGGAAAAGGCUGUUCACCCCAACAGAGAGACUGUGACACCUGCAAAAGAAGUAAAGAAGCUGCAUAUUCAAGAAAAUGAAACGUGCAGACUCUGCCAACAGAGAGUUUACCCAAUGGAAUGCCUAGUUGCCGACAAGCAGCAUUUUCAUAAAUCAUGUUUCCGAUGUCACCACUGUGGCAGCCAAUUAAGCUUGGGAAAUUAUGCAUCUCUCCAUGGAAAAAUAUAUUGCAAACCCCAUUUUAAACAACUUUUCAAAUCAAAAGGAAAUUAUGAUGAAGGUUUUGGACACAAGCAGCAUAAAGAACUAUGGAAUUCUAAAGAUCAGUGUAGCUCAGUUGGCAAUAUUCGUGCUGAAGAAACAAAUCCCAUUAAUAGUAUACCUGUUGAUCCUAAACCAAUAACAGAAAUUGAUCAAGACCUGUACUCAGGUACUGAAGGUAUUGAUUCUGAUAUUUUUUAUAAUAAUUUGAAAAAAAACACAGAAAGAGGUAAAUUAAAGAUGACAUGGCCACCGUCAACAGAUGAUGCAACACUUAAGAAAACAUUUUCUAUUGAAGAAGUGGCUAAAGUAAAUAAGCCAAAGUGGCCACCAGAAGGUUUUGCUCAAGAAGGUUCUAGUUUACAUACAAGUAAACCUCUGGGCAAUAAAAAGGAUCCUGAUGAAAAAAAUGCUGUGAGAGAGCAAAAUAAAAAUGACACUGCAAAUGCAAAACAAAAUCAACAUUCAUCCUUUAGCUCUCUGUCUGAAAAAGAAGCUAAAAAUAUCUGUACAGCAAAGAAAAAUGAAGUGGGCAAUAAAGGCAAAGAUGAGGAAGCUGGGAAUGUGCAAGAUAAGCUGAAUAAAGCAGGAGGAUCACAGAAUAAAGAGGAAAGUGGAAAGGAUAUUAAUGAAGGUGGUAAUGUGAUUAUGCAUAGUGAUGGGAAGCAGCAAGAGACAAAAAUUAAUGAAACUGAUGAUUCAGAAGUUGUACAGGUUACUAACAUCGAUGACAUAACAGUACAAAAGAAUCACAGUGAAUUCAGAUUGAAUAGCAAUAACAAUAACAAUUAUGCCACUUUUUCACAUGCAAACAUUUGCAGGCAGGAAACAGCUCUCUCAGCUACCUCUAAGCCAACGACAGCGUUCAGCCAUGCAAUUUGCACCAGAUCACAGCAUGCCUUUACAGUGCUGCCGUGUCGGUCUGGAAAUGAAGAAAUAUUUGAGAUGUAUGAACCCCAUGAGAGCUAUUCUAGCAAUCCCGUAACUGUUCCUUGGGACGAACAAAACUCAGAAGAUGAAGAUGCUGUUACCUCUAACAGUCUUGCUCAAUUUAAUAAAGACAUCACUUGUCAGAAAUCUUGUACUAACAGCACAUUAGUUUUAAAGGAAGCAACUAAUACAACAUUCCCUGUUGAUACUGACUUUGUAUGCAUUGGAGAAGAAUGAAAACGCAACAAAAAUGUACAUACUAUUUCAUCUGACACUCUGAAAAGAUCUUUUCUUAAAAAAGGCAACCUGUUUUUAGACUCUAGUCUAAUAGACUCUACAGACAUAACCGAAAGGUCCUGCAGCCCACAUUCAAAAGAACAUGGGAAUUGUUAUAUAGAACUGAAUGGUAUUAAUGCCUGUCAAGAAAGUGAAAUAAUCAAAGUGUCAAUGAAUGACAUAAACACAAGCUUAGAUUUACUCAGCGCAAGAUGUUCCAUCAUUCCAAGUGAUGCAGAACUACGGUUUCACCCCAUAAGCAAGAGUUACCCAGAAACACUUGGUCCGCCGGCAAAGUCGCCGUUAGAGCCGAGCCGAGCGCAGCACAGGUGCAGGCAGGUGCACACAGCCUGUGUGACGGGCCCCAGCCGAGGCCUCGCAGACUCGCGGCUCGGCGUGAAGUUGGGUGUCGGUGUCCCUGCGCACGCAGGUGAAGGGCGACCGCGUUCCCCACCGAAAGGCCCUCAGCCCGCUCACGUUUGGGCUGGUAAAGCGCGAGACCGGCCCCGCCGCACGCGUUACCAUCGCCAGCAGCCACCACGGGGGCUGAAAGCGAGUACCGGGGAGACCGAGGCCCUGCCCCAGCUGCAGCCUCGCUUGCGUCCGGCGCGACGCGGCACAGUGACCCGCACAUCCCCGCCGCCGCCGGACUGCGGGCGGGUCCCACCGCCUCACACCCGCCGCGACCCCCGCUACCCGGCGCGGCGCCCCCCUCCCGGCGGAAACAGCACUGCCGCAGGGGCGAGCUCACAUUGGUCCUUUUCCGUCACACCUUCCCGCCUCCUCGCUGCUGCGCGGGCGGCGAUUGGCUACUGGCGGUUGUCAGUCGGAGAGGGCGAGCCCCGCUGGUGCCCGGGCUGCGCUCUCGUGAGGCGGGCGCCGCUGCCGGGCGCCGCGGCGGCUGGUGCGGCUGCGGGCGGAGCAGUGAUGCCGGCUGCGGGGAGGUGGGCGGCAGCGGGAGCCCGGCACGGAGCGGCGUGCGCCCAAGCGGGCAAGGGCGGCGAGCGCGGCUGGUAA